GAAGUUACAACCGCUGGGCUACCGCGGAGGCCACCGCACCCCGCCCCACCCCGGCCGGGUUUGGAGUUCUGCGUUCCCGGCCGUCUUCGCUUCCCUUUCCGGCAGGCUGGUGCCUGGCUCCGGCAUUUCUGUAUCUCUGCUCGCGCUCUUGGCGGGAUCCAUGCCACGCUCCAUGGCCGGGGCUGUGGGGAGAAGGAACUGGGCGACCCUCCCGCUCUGCGCUGCCGUUAUUUUACUUGACCUGGCUGGCUGUAAAGGAUUUGUAGAAGAUCUAAAUGAAUCAUUUAAAGAUAACCGAAAAGAUGACAUUUGGCUUGUUGAUUUUUAUGCACCCUGGUGUGGCCAUUGUAAAAAAUUGGAACCAAUUUGGAAUGAAGUUGGACUUGAAAUGAAAAGCAUUGGUUCUCCAGUUAAAGUUGGAAAGAUGGAUGCUACUUCCUACUCUAGCAUUGCUUCAGAGUUUGGAGUUCGAGGUUAUCCAACAAUUAAGCUUUUAAAGGGGGACUUGGCAUAUAAUUACAGAGGACCACGGACUAAAGAUGAUAUAAUUGAGUUUGCUCACAGAGUAUCUGGGGCUCUGAUUCGGCCACUUCCAAGUCAACAAAUGUUCGACCAUGUACGGAAGAGGCAUCGUGUAUUUUUUGUUUAUAUUGGCGGAGAAUCACCCUUGAAAGAGAAAUACAUAGAUGCUGCUUCAGAAUUAAUUGUAUAUACAUACUUCUUUUCUGCCUCAGAAGAUGUGGUUCCUGAGUAUGUGACACUGAAAGAGAUGCCCGCAGUGCUUGUUUUCAAAGAUGACACUUACUUUGUUUAUGAUGAGUAUGAAGAUGGUGAUCUGUCCGCAUGGAUCAGCAGGGAGAGGUUUCAGAACUAUCUUACUAUGGAUGGCUUCCUGUUGUAUGAACUUGGAGACACAGGAAAGCUUGUGGCCAUUGCAGUUAUUGAUGAGAAAAACACAUCGCUUGAACAUACCAGAUUAAAGUCGGUUAUUCAAGAAGUUGCUAGAGAUUUCAGAGACCACUUCCAUAGAGAUUUUCAGUUUGGCCAUAUGGAUGGAAAUGACUACAUAAACACAUUGCUGAUGGAUGAAUUGACAGUCCCAACCAUAGUUGUACUGAAUACUUCAAAUCAACAAUACUUUUUACUAGAUAGACAUAUUAAGGAUGCCAGUGACAUGGUCCAGUUCAUUAACAGCAUUUUGGAUGGUACAGUACCAGCCCAAGGAGGUGAUAGCAUUUUGCAGAGAUUGAAAAGAAUAGUAUUUGAUGCUAAAUCUACAAUUGUGUCUAUAUUCAAGAGCUCUCCACUUAUGGGCUGCUUUCUCUUCGGCCUGCCCCUUGGUGUCAUCAGCAUCAUGUGCUAUGGAAUCUACACAGCUGACACAGAUGGAGGCUAUAUAGAAGAGCGGUAUGAAGUAUCCAAAAGUGAGAUGGAAAACCAGGAGCAGAUAGAAGAGAGCAAAGAGCAGGAGUCCAUCAUUGGAGGAUCUCUAGUCCCUACUGUGCAAGAGCCCAAGGAUGUAUUAGAAAAGAAGAAAGACUGAGACUUCACAGAUAAAAAAUAUUUGAUAGGAUUUCAGGUUAUUAAAGAAUAUUUAUUGAAUUUAAUCAUGAUCUAUUUACAGAAGAGAACAUGUUAUUUGUAUUUUGCUAAUAACAACUGCAUGAAUUAAAGUAAUCCUUCCAUAAGUGGGAAGACAUUUGGAACAGAGAGAUUAAGAGUUUGUACACAACCAAGCCAGAUCAUUGUGUCAGUUUACCUUGCAGAUGCCCAUUUUGUGCACACUUCUCUGUGUGCAUGUUCUAUGACAAAGUUAAAAACUUGAACAGAAUAUUAUCUUGACCAUUGGGGUGGAAGAUACAUGGUUUUACAGAGAGAAAUAGUACUUUCACCUACUAUAUCAAUUCUAUAUUUUGGAUAAAAUUUAUAUGAAUAAAUUAAGUCUUUAAAAUUUAGAUGUUUUAAGAGUAACUAGUAACUUUUUCCAUGUAUCAAAUUUCAGAUUCUGAGUUUAAAAAUCACGUGGUUUUUAUAUAGCAUACUGAUUUUAUUUUACUAGUUGUUUUUAAAGGAGAAAUGUUACUUUUUUACUUAUAUCAGUUGCAUUAUUAUGAUAUUGGCUUAUAGUCCCAUGAAGUGAGGGAAGAAUCUUGUAAUUGGCCUUUACAAAAUGACCAAGGUAUGCAGGGAGUGGUGGGUUCAGUCCCUGCCUUAUGCUGCUCAGCAGGGCACACUGUCCAUCGCUGUAGGAAAGAGAGGCCCCUGUUAGUUCACCUCACUUUUAGCCAAAGCAGCCUAGUAUUUUGUUUUGUUUUAUUUAUAUUUUAUAGCUUGACAUUACUUCUAAAAUUUCUAUUAAUUAAGAAUGUUUUCAGAAGUAACAUAAAUCAUGUUUUUAUGACAUAUAAACUAAUAAUUUAAAUUUUACUACCACACCUCUAUUGUGGGAGGCUAUGACAUGUCAGUUAUAUAAUUAGCAUGUUAAACUCAGAUGUCAUGAACAAAGGGAGACAUCCAUGUUUCCCUUCUCUAGCUCUCAGCUUUUCCUCCAUGACAGUCAUGAACUCUCAUCUUUCAUCAGAAUGCAGUCAUGUCUAAGAGUAGGUAUUUUGUGAUAACAUGUUUACGACAUAUUAAUUUGUUAAUUUUGAGGCCUUCAUUUUAGCUAAUUUCAGAAUUUUUAUUAAAUAGUGUUUAGAUGGCUGUUGUUUGAGUAGUUUAGGGUUUAUUGAAAGGAUCCACUCAGCAUUUGUAAACAUGGCUUCAGUCCUAAUACUGAUGUUACUUAAGUUUUGGUUACCAGGGGAGCUUCUGGUUUCUGGACUGAAACUUGUGUAUCUGUAGAGUCAGGGAAUUGUUAGUCAUAGUUUGUAUCUAGGUGUGCUUUUCAUGUUUAAAAAAAAUCCACUUUUAAUAUUUAAUCACUUUUUUU